AUCGUGUGUUUUGCUCUCAUUUCCGCAGAGAAUUGAGAUCUGUGUUGACCGGAAAAGCCACCAAACAGAGCCCGACACCACCUCCACCCGAGAGAGAGAAAAGGGGAGGAGAGAGAGAGCGAGAGAGAGAGAGUUAGUUCCACAAUCCAAGGGGAAGGGCAUCUAUCAACAAACAUCAUCAACAGGAGGAAGAAGAAUGGACGUUUCAGCUGAGCCCUCCUCCGACGCCGUGAUGUCAGACGCAGUAUCAGAACCAGCAUCGGCGCCGGCGCAGGCCGGAAUCGAGAACAUCCCCUCGACGCUGAGCCACGGCGGGAGGUUCAUUCAGUACAACAUAUUCGGGAACAUCUUCGAGGUCACCUCCAAGUACAAGCCCCCCAUCAUGCCCAUCGGCAAAGGCGCUUACGGCAUCGUCUGCUCGGCUUUGAAUUCAGAGACGAAUGAGCAAGUGGCGAUAAAGAAGAUUGCGAAUGCUUUCGAUAAUAGGAUUGAUGCCAAAAGGACUCUUAGGGAGAUCAAGCUUCUUCGCCACAUGGAUCAUGAAAACGUUGUUGCAAUUAGAGAUAUAAUACCACCCCCCCAAAGGGAGUCAUUUAACGAUGUUUAUAUUGCCUACGAACUUAUGGACACUGAUCUCCAUCAAAUUAUUCGUUCCAAUCAAUCAUUGUCAGAGGAGCAUUGUCAGUAUUUCUUAUACCAGAUACUCCGAGGUUUGAAAUACAUACAUUCGGCAAAUGUUCUACACAGAGACUUAAAGCCUAGCAAUCUCCUCUUGAAUGCAAAUUGUGAUUUGAAAAUAUGUGAUUUUGGACUAGCUCGUGUCACCUCCGAAACUGAUUUCAUGACUGAGUACGUUGUUACAAGAUGGUACAGGGCACCAGAAUUGUUGUUAAACUCUUCUGAUUAUAGUACAGCAAUCGAUGUAUGGUCAGUGGGUUGCGUAUUCAUGGAAUUAAUGGAUCGAAAGCCUUUGUUUCCUGGUAGAGAUCACGUGCACCAGCUGCGUUUGCUUAUGGAGCUGAUUGGCACCCCAUCAGAGACUGAAGUGGAGUUUUUAAAUGAAAAUGCAAAGAGAUACCUUAGGCAACUUCAGCCUUACCGUCGGCAGUCAUUUACUGAAAAGUUUCCACAAGUCAACCCUGCAGCUAUUGAUCUGAUCGAGAAGAUGUUAACAUUUGAUCCUAGACAGAGAAUUACAGUUGAGGACGCCCUAGCACAUCCCUACUUGACUUCGCUCCAUGACAUAAGCGAUGAGCCUAUCUGCAUGACUCCUUUCAACUUCGAUUUUGAGCAGCAUGCCUUGUCCGAGGAGCAGAUGAAAGAGCUGAUUUACAGAGAGGCAGUUGCAUUUAACCCUGAGUACCUACACAUGUGAACUAAGCCUCACAUUCGACGCCUGUGGUUUUUCAUCGAAAGGGUGGUAUCUGUGUUUAUGUGAUUCCAUGAUUUAUUUCUUCAUGUAUAUAUGGUCCAUCCAAAACAUGGAGGGCUCUGAAAUUGUGAUAAUCUAGAUUACUGGGAUACUGUCUGAGGGAUGAACAUCUGAAAUGUUGUUUGUAUGCCACGGUGUUUUUUCCGCAUCUAUUUAUUUGUGCUGAACUUCUCUCUC